AUGCCUCAUCUCGAACUGACGUUCAAGGGUCACGAAGAACGUGUACUUGACGUGGCUUUCAUCGUCGGUACCCGUCUCCUCGUCACUGGCUCGGACGACAAGAGUCUUCGGUUGUGGGAUCUGGAUACGGGAAAACAAGUGGGAGAGCCCUUGUUGGGCCACGAUGCCCCAGUCUGGAGAGUCGCAGCGUCCCCUGAUGGACGUUGGAUUGUGAGUGGAGGAGAGAAUCGAAGCAUCUUGGUCUGGGAAGUUGCGACAAACAAGAAAGAGUUUAAAAGAGUGCCUGUUUCGUUCAAGGGCCACGGGAAUGGUGUUUCGAGCAUUGUAUUUGCAAUGGACAGCCAGACAUUUGCAAGUACAUCAUGGGACAAGACAGUAUGCGUGUGGAAGAGGGAGACGGGAAAAAUAGUGAUCGGUCCACUCGAUGUGGGCAGUUUUGCAAACUCGGUGUCAUACUCCCCCGAUGGGACAAAACUGGCAGCAGGCACCGAUAAACACAUCAUCAUAUGGAAUUCAGCAACUGGAAAAGAGUUGCUGAAAAUAGAACAGCGGGCGUACAAAAUCGCAUUCACUCCAGAUGGUCUCCGUCUCGUUAGUGGAGACUCCAAUGACAUCUGCACCGGAGACAUCAUCAAACAGUUCGACGCACACACCGAACCCAUUUACUCACUAGCCAUUGCUCCCAAUGGCACCAAAUUAGCCAGCACGUCAUCUGACAACACGACACGCUUCUUUGACCUGACCACAUUCGAACCCAUCGGCGAGCCACUCGAACACCCUCACGAAGUCAAUGAUGUGGCAUUUUCUGAGGACAGUCAACUCAUCGCAACUGGCUGUGACGACAAUCUCGUUCGCACAUGGAAAGUUCCUCUAAGCGAAUCAGAGAAGGAGCUUCAACAGGUGAGCAAAUCCUCUCGUCUUGUCAUACUUCACGCUGACCUGUCAUAUAGUCCACCGAGAAAAUUCUCAAGGUAUGCUUUCGCCUCCGUUGUUUUGUACAAUCCCUGA